CGCGCCGUCCAUCGACUUCCCACCAAUCGCCGCUGGAAAGUGGUGGGCGCCCAUGGAAGACGGUUAAAGGCGAUUCGUGGAGCUGGAGCUCCGAGUAGGUCCAUCGGAUCCGUGCCCACUCGCCGAGUGUUGCUGAUCUUAGACGAUCGCUUCCCCCUCUCUUCGAAGUCCUCUUUUCUUUUCCGGGAAACCCCAGCAAGGGACACUUAUGGUAACAAAGCAACAGGCCCUCAUAAAAGAAAACCCUUUAUCUUUGUCUCACCUCCUUUGUUUGCUCUUGCUUGCCUCUUCCCAUCUUCGUCGGUCGAAGCGGGAGGAAGGGAGGGGGGAAAGAAGAGGAUGGUGAGGGGAAAGACGCAGAUACGGCGGAUAGAGAACGCGGCCAGCCGGCAGGUGACCUUCUCCAAGCGACGGAGCGGGCUGCUCAAAAAGGCCUACGAGCUAUCUGUCCUCUGCGACGCCGAGGUCGCCCUCAUCGUCUUCUCUUCCCGGGGGAAGCUCUACGAGUUCGCCAGCUCCAGUGUACAAAUGACUAUUGAACGGUAUAUGAUGCACACAAAGGAUGCUGGUAUCAGUAAAAAAGCAACAGAACAGAGUACGCAGUUGAAGUUUGAAGCCACAAGCAUGACAGAGAGGAUCAAAUUCCUUGAAGAUCAGAAGCGGAAGUUAUUGGGCGAAGACUUGGUAUCAUGUUCGGUGGAGGAACUGAAUGAGCUAGAGCUUCAGCUAGAGACAAGCUUAAACAGCAUCAAGCAAACAAGGCGACGACUUUUACUCGAGAAAAUUGCACGGCUAAAUGAGGAGGAGACAGAGCUUCUAAAGGAGAACGCAUUGUUGCGGCAACAGGUGAAGUACAAGUCGGAAGCUAAGCCAAAGCAAACUGCAAUCCAAGAAGCUGAUUUGGAUGAUCAUGCGAGCCAAGAGAAGAAUAUGGAGGUGGAUACAGAGCUGCUGAUUGGAAUGCCAGGAAGUGGUUAGGCCAAGCAAACAAUAUUGUUUAGUAAGACAAAAACAGUGGCCGUCCCUCGUGAUGUGAGGCCGUAAGCUGGACCCGCAUCUGUCUCCGGUUUCUCAUGUCGUAUUCCUUCAGUAGCCUGACAUCGUGCACGCCUGUGCUCUCUUUCGUUCAUCAAGAGAGUGUGGGAUCCAUUUGGCCUGCCUUC